AUGCGUCUUUUCAAAACUUUUAUCACGGUUGCCGCGCUGGGGACUAGCUCGAUUGUUUCUGCUUUGAAUGCUACUGAGAUUGGGGAAAUAUUCUGGAUCCAUCAUCGUGCUGCCAUCGGUUUAGGCACUCUUGGUGGCUACUCGCGGAAGAUCAUGGACGUCCAAGCGAUUGUAAACGGCAUCCAGACUGUCGCUAACGCUAACACGGAAACGCCAAAAUUUCUUAGCGCACUAGAAUCCUUUUUUGAGCAAGCACGCAGAGAUAGUCUGGUAAUUCGUGAUAGUCCGGAGAUAACUUCAGAGCCUGAUGCCAGAAUGAUAGUCCAACGCUACCAAAAUGUUCUCACUGCUGAAGUUAUCUUGUUUGGGGCCUUGCAAAUAAAGAAAUCUCUAAUAGCUGGGACUAAAUACCGGGCAGAAGUUCUCAGUCAAAUUCAAGCUAUCGCAACUUUCAAUAAGCAAUCCAUGGCCGACCUUGACAGAAUACUCAUCCCAUUCAAGCCCAAGGAGAUACAGUGGCUUUCCUACUUAGACCGAAGGUACAAUGAAUUAGUUAAGGUAUACAGUACUUAA